AUGAACGGCAGAGGCCUUGACUUUGAAAUUCAGUUUGCUCUGACAUGCCUAGCCUAUACUCACACCCUGCUUGCUCGCUCGUCUCUGCUCACGCUUUAUGCUUCAACGUCCCCGUCGGUUGACGAACGCGUCAAAAUCGUCCAAAGCGCAACGAAGCACUUUCUGGCUACCAACUCUAUUCAUGUAUGGCUGGCAACUUGUGCAAUGGAGAUAGAUGCCUCGCAGGCUGUCAUUGAGACGCUAUCCCAGACGCAAUCUGCACUUGCUGCUCUCGCAAUGGCUGAAGCUACUCUUCUCGCUGUGUUGAAAGACGACCCAUAUCCUUUUGUUAUUGCGCAGUCUAGAGAUAAAAACGACAAAGAUUGGAUGAUCAAAGCGCCGGAGAUACCAAAAGUGCGUGCACACCUCUUCGCUCGACUUUGUUUAUCGGCAUAUGAGCACGCUGGAAGGGCCGAGGCUGGCUUGAGUGGAAGUGGCAGGGUCGGCACAGAUGUGCUGGAAUAUCUCAAAGAUCUAAGAAAGACAGCACUGGCAAAGGCUGGUAGGUUCUUUGGUAUCGAUGCGGAGCUUGCAGGUGAGACUGGCAAAGGAAUUGCAUGGUUGAAGGGAGCAAAGGCGCAAUUAGGGUUCAAGGACGAGGGUCAUGAGGAAACGACUGCUUUUGCGAAGUUGAGAGGUCUGAGUAAAAACAUCAGAGAGAAGCGUGAGGACAGGAAGAUUGAGAAAGGCGGGCAAUUGGGAGGCGCCGCUGGAAGAUUGGAAGAGCUUGGUGUUCUUGGACACUUGCAAACGAAGUGGGUCAAGAUGAAUGACACUGUAUGCUCCAUGAAUACACAGCUGAUACCACCCUUCGAGCCACUUCUUGCCAAUAUGCCGUCCGGUAGAGACAUCCACUCAUCGCAGCCUUUCGUCAAGCCGACACUAGAUGAAGAAACACUGUCAAGGCUACGAGCUCCACCAGAGAGAGCCGGUCUGCUGGACGACGGCCAAGACAUAGAGAGCAGUGACGACGAUGACGAUCGAGCGAAGCAUAGCGCUGACAUCCCGGGCACAUUUCCCGGAGGCUCGACACAGAGCACCGAGCCCUAUUACUGA